GUGGACGGGAGCGAGGUGCAAGAAGGAAAGCGGCGUUGGGAGCGAAAUAGACAGAGAUAAAUAGAUAGAGAGACACGGAGGGUAGCGACGAGGGUGAAAGAGUGUCGAGGUAUAUACGUACAUACGGUCGUGGAGAUAGAUAGGUCGUACAGAAGAGAUAGUAGAAACCCGCGCCGGUAGUAGCAACCCGGCUAGCUAGUGCACAUGCGGGUGCUAGGCAUUGCAUCCCCGAGAGAGAAGGUUCGAGUUUGGUUUAUCUUGGCGCGCAUGUGUACGUGUACGUUGCGUGAGUGGUGCGAGAAUAGUGCUCGGUCCGAGUAUACGUGUGCCGCGUUAUCUUCUGGGUAACAGCUGCGUCAGCGAAUUCGGAAGAAUCCUGGACGCUGAACGCGUUCCGUUCAGGUGCUCGUUCAGGCCAUCAAACUUGGAGUCGCAGGCCAAGACGAGCUACCCUCGCCCCUAUCUAUUCUCGUUUCACGGCGAGGUAGUGGAACGACGAAGAGGAUAUCAUCUGGGAUUUCACCCGGGUGUGAGUGUGUUUACGGAAAAGUGCGUCAUCCCGGAAAUCACGGAGGCUCCAUGUGCAUCCACGAGAAGGAGGAAGAGAAGAUAGCUGCGAUCAGUCAAUUGUUUCUGUAGAGGCGGACAUAGUGAUGCGGUAGAGUGUGACGAGAGAAGUAAUGUGACGGUACCGUGGUGCGCGCUCAGCUGAAGACGACGUCGACGACGAGCGUUAAACCGGCGCCAUGUCGCAGCAGGCCCCAACGAAUGAGGAUUCUUACCUGAGGUGUGGCAGGCCAUCGAACUUGCUGAAGACGAACUUUAGCAGUGCCCGCCUCGAGAAGCUGUAUCGUGCGUCAUCAUUGCAACAACGUCGCGGCGGCCUCACGUGUUUCCUGAUGUCAGCGAUCCUGUACGGCCUCUAUACAGUGUCGACGCCGGGGAUGGAGCUGCCGGCGCGUUGCGUCAGCGCCGUGUUCCUCAGCCUCAAUUUCUUCCUGUUGAUUUGGGCCGAGAGCGGUACCAAGGCGCGUAACUCGCUCUGGUCGGUGGUGCCGUGUGUGGUCGGAGAGCUAUGGAUUGUGCACUUGUCCGCUCAGCUGUUCCUCAAGUCCAACAAGGUCACGCCGAUGGACAGCCUGGCGUGGAUGCUGCUACUUCUCUAUCUACUGUUCGCCACUCUACCGCUCAAGCUAUUACGUUGCGCUAACUUAACAGCAAGCAGCAUUCUCUUGUACUUAAUCGCCAUAAUCGGUCUCUCCAGCAGGACGCUGGAGGAUCUUACAUCACAGCCUAUCGACGUUCUGAUCCUGACGAUGACGCUGUUCAUCGGCGCCUCUAUUUUGGGUGCCUGCGGCUAUUACCUGGCGGAGUUCCAGCAGCGCCGUGCGUUUUUGGAGACCAGGCAGAGCCUGGAGGCUCAGCUGAUGAUCGAAGAGCAGAGCGCGGAGCAGGAGCGACUGUUGCUGAGCGUUCUGCCGGAACACGUCGCAGUCAAGAUGCGGCAGGAUCUCGGCGCGUCUUUUGACACGCAAUUCAAGAAGAUCUACAUGUCUAGGCAUGAAAACGUGUCGAUACUCUAUGCUGACAUAGUCGGCUUCACCGCGAUCUCGUCGACCUACAGCGCCAGCGAGCUAGUCAAGAUACUCAACGAGCUCUUCGCGCGAUUCGAUCAACUCAGUGAACGAUACGAGCAAAUGCGCAUCAAGAUAUUAGGGGAUUGUUAUUACUGCAUAAGUGGCGCACCUGUCGAAAGGCCAGAUCAUGCGGUCCUUUGUGUGUAUAUGGGUCUGUCUAUGGUGGAAGCGAUUAAAUAUGUUCAGCAAACGACUAACAGCCCCGUCGAUAUGAGAGUGGGUAUUCACACGGGUGCGGUACUCGCCGGGGUUCUCGGACAGAGGCAAUGGCAAUUCGAUGUCUACAGCAAAGACGUCGAGUUGGCAAAUAAAAUGGAGAGUAGUGGUAGGGCGGGGAGGGUACACAUCUCGAAUUCGACGCUGAGUUUCCUAAAUGGGGAAUUCGAGGUCGAGCCGGCGCACGGAGAGGAUCGGGAAGAGGCACUCCAGAAAGCUGGCCUCGUCACUUACUUCAUCGUAAGAGCCUUGAAGCCAUUUAAGCCAGCAGUGACGAAAAGCCUCGCGUCACUGGCGGACGCGGAAAACUCGCAAAGAAUAAUAGAGAAUGUGCAAGACAAAGUGGAUAAUAUUCGAGAGGAUUCCGAGGAAUUUCAGCAACGUCUAAGGAAGAAACUUGACAGCAGAGGUGGUGGAACUGACCUGAAAGGUCACGCCUCUUGGUUGACACUACGAUUCAAAGAUCCGAAUGUGGAAACGGCGUUUCACAGCGUCGAGGAGGCCUUCUCGCCUCUGUCGCUUCUUGGUGGGCCUCUGGUCACGAUGUGCGCAGCCCCAGUCUGGAAGAUGCAGCCCUGGGGACCAUUCACGUGGGGUGGCGCCGGGGUGGUAACUCUUUUCGGUAUCGUGCUGGCCGGAGCUACCUGCCUAGGUAGCGCGGUUAGGGCGGCGUGGUUCAGGAGUACCCUCGCACUUCUGAUGAUAUUCUCCCUCAUAAUCUUUCUGUUGUUAGAUAUGGCUAACUGCGCGAUCAUCGAUGACAUCGAGCCACUAAAAAACACUACUCUAAAAUGGUCUCCGCGAUGUCCAUAUCCUUCUUAUUAUUCAUACGUCGGUGUCCUUGCGCUGGUCGCUAUCUCGAUGCCGACAUAUCUCUGUUACCUGACCAAGGCGUGCCUGAUGUACUUCCUUGCCGGUGCGCAGUCCUGCAUCAAUGUCCUGUUCCUCUCAUCGAGCCUCAACAGAGAAGAAAUGGCAUGUUAUCGAGACAUAUCCUUUCCACUAAAAUAUUCAUUAGCAGCCACUUUGUUCACUAUCGCGACCGCGUUAGUCAUCGUGGCGAGAUACGCCGAGAAGGCACGAAGGAUGCUGUAUCUGCGAGGACGAGAGGUAAUCGCGCAAAGGGAAAGAGCAGCGGACAUGAAACGAAGAAAUGGAGCACUAAUAUACAACAUCUUACCACCUCACGUAGCCGCAUAUUUCUUAUCGCAUGCAAGGCAUUACGACGAUCUUUACAGCCAGAGCUACGCCGAAGUGGGCGUGCUAUUUGCCAGUAUGCCAAACUUCGCGGACUUCUACAGCGAGGAGAGCAUCAACAAUCAAGGCCUCGAGUGUCUCAGGUUCCUGAAUGAGGUCAUCUCUGACUUCGACGCCAUCCUCGAUCAGAAGAAAUUUCAUAGUAUCAUCAAAAUUAAGACGAUAGGAUCGACCUACAUGGCCGCUUCGGGAAUAUCCGAGGUGCAAUCGGUGCAGUCAGAGGAUGCUCCUCGAUGGAGCCACCUCGUCACUCUUGUGGAGUUCGCUCUGGAACUUAAGAAAGCCCUGUCAAGCAUUAACGAGCAGAGUUUUAAUCACUUCGUUUUGAAAAUGGGCAUUAAUCAUGGACCGGUGACUGCUGGCGUCAUCGGGGCGCGGAAACCUCACUAUGAUAUUUGGGGCAACACCGUCAAUGUCGCGUCGAGGAUGGAGAGCACGGGGAAAGUCGCCUGCAUUCAGGUUACCGACGAGACACGAAAGAUAUUGGAGCCGUUCGGUUUCGGCUUUGAGCAACGAGGUCUUGUCUUCGUUAAAGGCAAGGGUCAGCUCUUAACGCAUUAUCUUGUCUCCAAAGAUGGCGUUUUUCUCGAUCUUGAUAGCGAUCUCCCUGUUGAACCUACCCACCCGAUAAUCUAUCAGUAAUUUCGAAGGCUCUAACUCGAACGAGAAAUAAUUUUUCACCGGAGAUAUAAAUCCAGUUGUUCAAAAAGAACACGUUAUGAUUUUUCUCGGUAGGUAUCGGGCUGGACGUUCAGAGGGAACUGAACGUCCAACUUGAUAACUUCUGGGAACUGAUGAAUCACGAUCAUAAAUUAGACGACGUCUUUAUACACCGAACAGAUUUUUUCUCAAGGACGUUCGACAAAUUAAAUGUGUAUUGUUGUAGAGAACUCUCUAAAUGUUAGGAUCCUUGUGUCUCAAGAGAGAGAGAGA